AUGACAAAAUUUUCUGAAGAUAAUUAUGAUACUUUGAAUUUAACAGAGCUCAAAAGUAAUAUUCAAGAGAAAAAUAUAAUAGGUUACAGUAUUAAUUAUACAGUAGAUGGCUUAUUAUUUUUUGGAGGAUUUAAAAUAGAUUUUCAACAAAAUAGUGGAUAUAUUUGCAAUGAUGCUUAUUUAAUUCAUAUAAAAAAAGAAAAAGCGGAAUAUGAAAAUAUUACAAGUAAAAUAAAACCUAAUUUGAGGUGCUAUCACAAUUCUUGCACUUUAUUAGAAAAUUAUGUAAUAAUUUUUGGAGGAUUAAAUAGCGAAGUACCGUUUGUUGCUUUAAACGACUUGUGGAUUUUCAAUAGUUUAAAUAAAACUUUUGUUGAAAUAAAAUUCAAUUGUAAAGAAAAAGGUGAAGAGACAAAAACAGAAAAUUAUGAUGAUGCUUAUGGAAAUGGAACAUUACAUGAAAUGGAUGAUAGUGAUGAUAACAAGGAUGAUGAAGAUGAUAAUAAUGAUGAUGAAAUUUUAGAUAAUGUAUAUAUUAAAAACUUAAAAAAAUAUUUGAAGUAUCAUAAAAACGAAGGAUCAUGUGCAAAUAAUGUUCCUUCUCCACGUUAUUUUUCUAGCCUAGAUUUAUAUAUAGUUAAAAAAAAAAAUAUAGACGAAAAAAAAGAAUAUGAAAAAGAUGAGAUAAACAUAAAAAAUAAUAAAAUAUUAGUAAAUAAUGUAGAUAAUUAUGAAUAUUUUAGUCUAAUUGUAUUUGGUGGAUACGGUGGUUAUGGUUAUGAUAGAAGCAGUUAUAAUGAUCUUUAUGAAUACAAUAUUUUAAACAACGAGUGGACGUUAAGAUCUUGUAAAGGAAGCAAUCCUUCAAGAAGAUAUGGACAUAUUUCAUUUAUAAAUGGAAAUAAUUUAUUUAUAUUAGGAGGAACAAAUGCUGAAGUCAGUUUUAAUGAUAUGUAUUCAUGUGAUUUGAAGAAAAAUGAAUGGUCUGAAGUUGAUUUUUCUUAUUCCUUUAAUGUCGCAAAAGUAUUUUGUAGAAGUGUAUUAGUAGAAUCGAUAGAUAGAAACAUAAUUUUUAUAUUUGGUGGUUGUAAUAUAAUUAGUGACGAAAAAGGAAAUAGGAAAAUAGAAUAUAAUAACAUUAAAUUAAAUAUGUUAAAAUUAUAUGAUAAUUUUAAAUUAGAAGAAUUAAAAUACAAUGUAAUUAAAAAAAAGGAAAAUAUAAAAAAUAAUUGGGAUCAUAAAAGUGCUAUAAGUGAUAGUAAUACGAAUUGCCUAAUGGAGAAAGAAGAAAAAAAUAAAAAUGGUAAAACUAAUACUUAUGAGGAUAGUAUGUCCAAUAAUAUAAUAUUUUCUUCUAUUACUUACGAUUUUAUUGAUUCUAAUAUAAUUAUUUCAGAUUCCAAAAGGAAAAUAUAUAUAAUGAAUAUAAGUAAAAUUAUAGGCCCCAAAUACGCAAUUUUUAGUUUAUCUCCAAAAUACUGUGAUAUAAAUGGAGAUAAAAAAAUUUUAUUGAAAGGGAAAGGAUUUACUAAUGAAGGAAAAAUAAUUGUAAAAUAUAAAUCAGAAAAUGUUAAUUUAUUUAGCGAUGGAAUUUAUAUAAAUGAAAAUAAUAUAUAUACUAUUGCACCUAAUGCAAAAAAUAAGAUAAUAAAUAAAAUUUGUGAAGUUCAAUUAUCUAUCAAUGAUAAAUGCUACACAACCAAUAAUUGUCUCUUAGAAUAUUAUUAUAAUAUUGAUCCAAGAAAUACUUUAAUGUUUGGAACUGGAUUAUUAGAACCUGUAUGUUUAAAAGAAAAUAAUUUUUUUUUUCUAAUAGCUAGAAAUAGCUUAAAUGAAAAUAAAAAAAUAGGUGGAGAUAAGUUUCAAAUAAGUAUUAUAUAUGAAAAUAAAAAUGAAAAACAUAAUUUAAAAUACACAAUUUAUGAUAUAAACAAUGGAUUAUAUAUAGUGAAAUAUUUUCCUUUUUCUAAUCCAAAAGAAGUAAGUGAAAAUAAAUAUAACAGCACAAAACAAGAGGUAAUAACAAAUGAAAAUGAACUAGAAUUAAAUAAAAAUGAUGUAAGAUCAAAUGAAUACAUAAAGAAAAAUAGUAAUAUAGACACUUUUACUCACGAUUCUCUUGAAAAUAAGCAAUCAACAGACAUAGAAUUAAAUAAAAAUGAUAACGAAAAUAAAAAUUUUAAUAAUAAUGAUAAUGAUAAUAAUGAAUUAGAUUUCAAUGGAAUUUUACGAAUAUCAGUAAAAUUAAAUGGAGAAAAUGUUCAAAAUAGUCCAUUUGUUUUAAAAGUAGAAAAUAAAACACAAGAAAAAAUAAAAUAUGUAAAAAAAUUUGUUAAUAGUAGAUUAGAAGAUUUAAUAAGAAAAGGAGAACAAUUAUUUGAUCUAAUAAAAAAUAAAGAUAUGAAUACGAAUAAUUUGAUUGAAUUAAGUAUAAGUAUUGACAAUUUUUUAAAAAAAUUUUCUAAAUCUAUACAUGAUAUAAAUAUAAUUGAACAAUAUAUACAUUAUGGUAUUAUUGAUAUAAGAAAAAUGGAAAAAAUUAUAAAUGAAUUACAUAGAGAAGAAGUUGUUGUAGAUGCUUACUUAGAAGAUGAAUCUUAUAUUGAUAAGGAAAUUAAUAAUUUAAUAUAUAAUGAAAAAAAUAAAAACAAUUUAAAUAGAAUAAAGGAUAAUGAUAAAAUAGAAAAUGAAUAUGAACUUGAUGAUAAUAAAAUCGUUUGUCAUGAAAAGGGAAUUGAAGAGAAAAACUAUGCAAAGAAAAUGGUAGGCAAUAAGACAGAUGUAUUAGAUGAUGGUAUGUCAAUAAAUAGUUUUUUAAAAGUUAAAAAUAAUCAAAAAAUUCUUGAUUUUAUAAAUGAAAAUAAAUUAAAAUUUAUGGAUUAUAUUGAUUUAAAUUUAAUGAAAAAAUUAAAAAAUUAUAUUAAUCUUUUAAAUAAUGAAGAAUUAAACUUGAAAAAUAAAAAAGAUAAUAAAAAAAAUGAUAUUUUAAAAAUAAAAACAUCAGAAAACAAAAAAAAUAGUAACGAAAAGGAACUUUAUAUGGAUAAUGAAUAUUUAACAGAAAAAGGAGAGAAAAAAAUAGAGGCUAUCAAGAACUUGUUAAUUUUUUAUGAUAAAUUAAAAUCUGUUUGUAUUUGUAAAAAGGAAAAAGAAUUAAAAGAAAAAUUUAUAAAAGAAGAAAAAGAAAGUAUUAAAAAAUUAAAAUUAAAUUAUAAUAAAUUUAUUAACAUUAAAAAAAACUUAGAAAUAUCAAGUGUUUAUACACAUAGCAAUGGUUAUGAACUGUCCUUAAAAGAACUAGAGACAACAAAAAAAUAUCUAAUAGAAAUAAAAGAAGAAGUAACAAAAAUAAAACAAAUUUCUGAUAACAUAAUAAAAAUAGACAACGUAGAAGAAUUAAACAAGGAUAUAGAAAAUUUGAAUAGUGAAAUAAAUGAAAUAGAAAAACUCUGGCUUUUCAUUAAAAGGAAAGAAGAAAUUUUAAAUGAAUUUUUUUUUUAUUCUUUUAAAAAUCUAGAUGUAGAAGAUUUUGAUAUACAAGUUAAAAAGCUACAAAAUGAUUUCAAAAAAAUAAAAGUAGACAGAAAGUAUAAUAUAUGUAAAGAGGAAGCUUUAAAAUUAAAAGAAAUAAUAAAAUUUAUUUCAGUAUUAAGUGAAAUAAAAAAACCCUUUAUCAAGGAAAGACAUAUAAAAGAAAUAGAAUACAAUAUAAAUGAGGAAAAAAAAAAAAGUAAAGAAGAAGAAAUUAGUAUUAUAAUUGAUGAUAAUACUCUUACUAUUUAUUUUUAUAAAUUAAAUGUAAUGAAGUAUCAUGAUACAAUUGAAGAAGUAAUAAUAAAAGCAUAUAAUGAAAAAACAAUAGAAGAAACAAUAAAUAAAUUUGAAGAAUACUGGGAUAAAAUAUAUUUUAAGAAUAAAAAUUUUAAAAAUAAUAUUAUAUUAACUUAUAUAGAUGAUAUGUGUAUAGAUACAAUAGAAGAACAUCAAGUGACUUUACAAAACUGUUUUUCUUCAAAAUAUUUUCUUUUUUUUUCGACAGAAUUAAAUCUAUGGCAAAAAAAAAUAUCAAAUAUGUAUGAGGUAAUACAGCUACUAAAAGAUAUAGAAAAAUUGUGGAUAUAUUUACAAAAUAUGUAUAUAUAUUCAGAGGAAGUAAAAAAAGAGUUACCAUUGUAUUCUGAAUUUUUCUUAACAAUAAACGAUGAAUAUUUAGAAAUGUUAAAACAAAUAAAUGAUAAUAAUAUAAAAGUAAUAGAUUUUUCUAAUGAAGAUGGAAUAAUAGAAAAAUUAGAGGAUUUAAAGGAAAAAUUAUGUAAAAGCGAAAAACCUUUAAAUGAAUAUUUAGACUCCAAAAGAAAAUCCUUUCCUAGAUUUUUCUUUAUAUCUUCAACUGAUUUAAUAGACAUUUUGUCUAAUGGAAAUAAUUUUAAACUUGUUAAUACUCAUGUUCAAAAGAUAUUUUUAUCAAUAAGAAGAUUCGUUACAAAAAAUGAAAAAUUAAGUGAAAAUGAAAUAGAAAAUGAAGUAAAACUUGACAAUAAUGAAAAUAAUUUAGAGGAUAAAAAUAAAAUUAAAAAUGAAAGUGUAUCACAAAUAGAAGAAGACAAAUUUUCAUUUAAUCAUAAAGACGACGAAUCAUUAAAAAAUAAUAUUCCUAGAGAAAAAGAAGAAAUGAAAAAUUCAGUUGAAGAUGAAGAAAUUAUUACAAAAUUGAUCUCUUCUUAUGGAGAAGAAAUUUGUAAUUUUCAUGAGAAACUCACAUUAAAAGGGAAGGUAGAAUGCUAUUUAAAUGAUAUAAUAGUGCAUAUUAAGCAUACAUUAAAAUAUUAUAUCACCAAUUUAUUUAAAUUGAAACAUUCAUAUAAUGAUGAAAAAGACAAAUGGAUAGAUGAAAAUUAUUUAUCACAAGUAUUCAUUUUAUGUAAUACUAUAUUUUUUGUAAAUGAUAUUGAAAACAUAUUAAGCAAAAAUGACGUUAAUGUACAUGAAGAGUUAAAGAAAUAUUACAAAAACCAUAUUCUUCAGCUGGAAAAUGUUAUAAAAAAGGUGCAGAAAAAAUUAACUGUAAAAAAUAGAAUAAAAAUUAUGUGUAUAAUAACUUUAGAUACAUAUUAUAGGGAUGUAUUAGAGAUUAUUUUAAAAAACAAAAAUAGCAUUUCUAUAAAUAUGUUUGAUUGGCAAUCUCAAAUAAGAAUGUAUCCAUAUUUUAAAAACAAAAGCUACUAUGAUAAUAAUAAAAUAUAUGAAAAUAAAAUUAAAAAAAAUGGAAGUGAUAAAGAAAUAGAAAAAAAUGAAUCUGCAGAAGAAAAAAAUAAAAUAGAAGUUGAAGAACAAAAUAAGAUGGAUGAAGAAAUAUACAAAAAUAAUACUUUAGACUUUAGACAAUUAUAUAUAAAAAUAAGAAUUAUGGAUUGUUCUUUUAAUUAUUCUUAUGAUUAUAUAGGUAAUUACCAAAGAUUAGUGAUUACCCCUUUAACAAGUCGUAUAUAUAUAACAGCAACUCAAGCAUUAAGUUUAUAUAUGGGCUGUGCCCCUGCUGGACCUGCGGGGACAGGAAAGACAGAGACGACAAAAGAUUUAUCCAGCUUUUUUGGGAAAAAUUGCUAUGUAUUUAACUGUUCAGAUCAGUUAGACUAUAAAAGUAUGGGUAAUAUAUUUAAAGGUAUCGGUAGUACUGGGUGUUGGUGUUGUUUUGAUGAGUUCAACAGAUUAAUUCCUGAAGUUUUGUCUGUUUGUUCUAUUCAAUUUAAAUCUAUAUUAGAUUGUAAACGCAAUAAUAAUAAUGUUUGCAUAAUAGGAUCCGAUGAAAUUAUAGUUAAAAAAAAUUGUGCAGUCUUUAUUACUAUGAACCCAGAUUAUUUGGGGAGAUCGAAACUUCCUGAAAGUCUUAAAAUAUUAUUUAGACCAAUUACUGUAAUUAUUCCUGAUUUCAAUAAAAUUUGCGAAAACAUGCUAAUGGCUGAAGGGUAUGUAGAUGCAAAAUAUCUUUCCAUUAAAUUUACCACUUUUUUUGAACUUGCUCAAAGUUUAUUAAAAGAGAAGCAUUGUGAUUGGGGGCUAAGAAGUAUUAAAAGUGUUUUAACAAAAGCAGGAUUCCUAAAAAGAACUUAUCCAGAUGUUGAUGAAAAUAAAUUACUAUAUUCAGCUAUACGUGAUAUUAAUAUUGCAAAAAUAUCUUCUUCUAAUUGUCCUAUAUUUUCAGGGUUACUAGAUGAUAUAUUUUUUUCAAAGAAGAAUACAAUGGACAGCAAAGAAGAUAACAAAGUAAGUUCAAACUUAAAAGAAAAUUUAGACAAUGGAAAUGAUAGCAUAAAAAAGGAUGAAAAUUAUGAAGUAGAAAAAAAUAAGAUAGAAAAUAGCGAAGAUAAUGAAAUAGAAAACAAUGUAAGCAAUGAAAAAAAAAAAAGUGAAACUGAUCAAAUAAAUGAUGGUAUAAAAAAUAAAAUAUCUAGUGUGAGUGAAGGGAAAGAAUUUUUUAAUCUAAAUAUAAUUGAAAAUGAACUAAUGGAAAUUUGUAAAAAAAAUCACUUAUUCGGUUUAAAUUAUUUCGUUAAAAAAAUUAUACAACUAAAUGACAUUAUUAAUAUACGACAUUGUGUAUUCAUUAUGGGAGAAGCAGGAUGUGGAAAAACUACUUUAUUUAAUAUGCUAAUGGAAUAUCAAAAAAAGCAGAGUUUAAAAACGGUGAGUAUUAGAAUUAAUCCUAAAUCUAUAAGCAUCGACGAUUUGUAUGGUAAUGUUCAUAUAAAAACAAGGGAAUGGAAAGACGGAGUUUUUUCAAAAUACAUGAGAAAUUAUUCAAAAAGAGAUGAUUAUGAUAAAGCUUACAUAAUUUUUGAUGGUAGUUUAGAUUCUCAUUGGAUAGAAAAUAUGAAUUCAGUCAUGGAUGAUAACAAGGUAUUAACCUUAUCAUCAAAUGAAAGAAUUUUAUUAAAAAAUCAUAUGAAUUUGAUUUUUGAAUUUAGUGAUUUAAUGUUUGCUACACCUGCUACUAUUUCCAGAGCUGGUUUAGUUUAUUUUUCUGUUGACCCUAAUGACUUAUGGAAAAAUUACUUUUUAUCAUGGAUUGAUAAGCAUGAUAAUUUUAAUAGUAGUAUAAAAAAACUGUUUGAAAAAUUAAUGUAUAAAUAUGUUGAACCUACAUUUUCUUAUCUAAAUACUUUGCAAGCAUCUAUUAAAAUAUCUCCAAUGUCUCAUAUUCAGUCAUUAGCUUCCUUAUUAGACAUAUUAUUAGUUGAUAACAAUUAUGAGAGUGUUGAACAUUAUUUUAUUUAUUCUGUUAUAUGGUGUUUUGGUAGUUUUUUAGGAGAAAAAGACAAUGUAAAUUACAAAAAAUGUUUUGAUAAAUAUUGGAAAAAUACUUUUAAAAGUAUUAAAGUUAACAGAAAAAUAAGUGUUUUUGAUUUUUACGUUGAAAAUAAUAAGUUUAAAGAGUGGGAUGAAGGAGAAAUAGUCAAUCAAAUUAACCAAAGUUCUUUAUUAAAAAAUGAUAUAUUUAUUGAAACAGUAGAAAGUUGUUCUUAUAAAUAUAUAAGUAAAUUAUUUUUAAAGUCAAAUAUGCCUAUUUUAUUUAUCGGUAAGACAGGAGUAGGAAAGACUCAUUUAUGCAAAAAAAUACUAAAUGAAGAAAAAGAUGGAUACAAAAGUUUUUAUAUGAUUUUUAAUUAUUAUACAACCUCAAAAAAUGUACAAUCACUGAUGCAAAGUUGCCUAGAAAAAAAAUCAGGAAAGCAAUUCAGUCCUCCAUACCAGCAGAAAUUGAUUUACUUUAUUGAUGAUAUUAAUAUGCCUAAAUGCGAUGAUUAUAAUACACAAAGUGCUAUUGAAUUGUUAUGCCAAUAUAUUGAUACCAAUUCGUGGUUUGACUUAGAAAAAUUAAAUUUAAUAAAAAUUUUGAACACAAAGCUUAUUUCUUGUAUGAAUUAUAAUAGAGGUAAUUUUACUGUAAAUCCUAGACUUCUUCGACAUUUUUUUAUUUUAAAUAUUAAUUUUCCGGAAAAUAAUACUGUCAAUAGUAUUUUUAGUGCAUUUUUGAAAGAUCAUUUUAGCAACUUUAAGCAAGAUGUAUCUGAUUUAAUUCCUUCUAUACUAAAAUCUACUAUAUCUUUAUAUUACAAUAUUGAAAAAAUCUUCAAAAGAACAGCUACCUACUUUUAUUAUGAAUUUAAUUUAAGAGAUAUUCACAGUAUAGUUAAGGGAUUGCUUACAACAACACCAGCUACAUUUCAAGAUUGUGAUAAGUUGUUAUUUUUAUGGCUACAUGAAUGCGAAAGAGUUUAUUCAGAUAAAUUAAAUAAAAAAGACAAAAAAAAAUAUAAGAGUAUCAUUAUUGAUAUAAUAAAAAAAAUGUAUAAUAAAUAUGAAAUCAAUAAGUUUGUCAUGAAAUAUGAUAACAGUUUACUGUUUUCUAAUUUUCAUAAAGGUAGUCAUGAUAGAAGUUAUGAUUUAUGUAAAAAUAUAGAGGAAUUAACAGUAUUCUUAACAGAAGAACUAAAUGAGUAUAAUAAUUUUUAUAAUUUAAAUAUUGUUUUAUUUAAUGAUGCUAUAAGACAUAUUUGUAAACUAAUAAGAAUAGUAGAUAAUUUAAAAUCGCAUGCUUUAUUAUUAGGUAUAGGAGGGUGCGGAAAAACAACAAUUUCUAAAUUUUCUUGUUACAUAUCAUCCAAAACAUUUUUUGAAAUGGAUUUUUCAACUCACUGUUCUGAUAAUGAUAUAAAAAAAUAUUUACAAAAUAUAUUUCAUAAAUGUGCUAUGAAAAAUGAAGAUAUUAUUUUAUUUUUAAAGGAGAGUAAAAUUCAUGAUAGUUUUUUCAUUUAUGUUAAUGAGUAUAUGUGUUCUAAUAAUAUAAUUGAUUUAUACACAAAAGAAGAAAAGGAUUAUAUUAUACAUAAUAUGAGAAAUAUAGCUAAAUCAGAAGGAAUAGAAGGAACAGAUAAUAAUAUAUUUGAUUAUUAUAUCAAAAAGGUAAAUAAUAAUUUACACUUCAUACUAUGUUUUUCUCCAACUAGUAAUAAUUUCAGAGAUAAGUCGAACAAUUUUCAAUGCAUAUUAAAUAAUACAAUGAUUGAUAUUUAUGAUAAUUGGGAAGCAGAUUCCCUAAUGUGUGUGGGACAAAAAUAUGUCAAUAAUAUAUAUAUGAAUAUAAAUACCGGAGAUAUAUUAUUGAAUGAAGAAUAUAUAAAUUUACAAAUAGAGAAUAUAAAUAAACAAACAUUAAACGAGGGAAACAUUAAAAAUGAUACAGCUAUCCCUAUAAAUGAAAAUAAAAAGGAUAAUUUUAACACAGAAAAUAGUAAUAUUAAUAAUUUAAGUGAAGAUAAAGGAAAUCACAUAAAUAAUAAUGAUAAUAAAACCAAUGAUAAUUCCAAGAGCAUAAAUGAUGGUAAUAAUAACGAUUCUCCUAUUACAACCAGUUUAAAUUUACUAAAAGAAGAAGAAUACGUAAAUUUAAAGGAUAUAAUAACUGAAUAUUUAAAAGAAUGCUACGAAGAUUUAUUAGAUAUAUCAUCUGAUUAUUAUUCUCAUGAAAGAUCUCAUAUAUAUAUAACCCCUAAAUUGUAUUUAGAAAGUAUAAAAACAUAUCAUAUAAUGCUAUUAAAAAAUAUUACUAAUAUAAAUAAUAAGAUGGACAUGUUGAAGAAUGGAAUUAGAAAAAUGAAUGAGACUAGUUCCAAUGUUGAGAAUAUUAAAAAUUGUUUAAAGGAAAAGAAAAAAAUAUCAGAAGAAAAAAAAGAAGCAGCCGAAAAAUAUGCUAUUGAUAUUGGAAAUGAAAAGAUGAUUGUUAAAAAAGAAAGUGAUUUAGCUGAUAUAGAAGAAAAAAAUUGCUUAGAAAUACAAAAAAAAGUAUUAAAACAACAAGAAGAUUGUGAAAAUGAUAUUAUAUUAGGUAUACCAUUAAUAGAACAAGCAGAAGAAGCUUUAAAUACUUUAAAUAAAAAAAAUAUUCAAGAAUUAAAAACUCUAAAUAAGCCUCCACCUGGUGUAGAAGAUAUCACCGCUGCUGUUAUGCAGUUAUUAGCUACAAUUGACACAACUAUAAGUGUUGAUAAAUUUGGUAAGAUAAAAGAUAGAAGUUGGAAAUCAGCACAAAAAAUGAUGAUUAAUCCUGAAAAGUUUAUUUCUUUAUUAAAAGAUUAUAAAAACAAAAUAGACGAAAAUUUAGUUCCUGAUUGUAACUUUAAAUAUGUGGAGAAUUUGAUUAAUUUGCCUCAUUUUAAUAAAAAUGCAAUUCAGAAAAAAUCAAAAGCCGCUGCUGGUUUAGCUGAGUGGGUAUUAAACAUUACAUCGUUUUAUAAGAUUAUACAAAAUAUUUUGCCUAAAAGAAUACUAUUAGAUAACACCAAAAAAAGUCUUGAAGAAGCUAAUGAAAAACUUCAAAUGGUGCGUGAAAAAGUUCAAUCUCUUAAAGAAAAGCUAAAUGUUUUAAUAAAUCAAUAUGAUCAAGCUAUUUAUGAAAGAGAUCUUGUAAUUUUAGAAGAAAAAAAGUUAAAAACUAAAUUAGAAUUAUCAAUUAGACUUAUAGAUGCUUUAAGUAGUGAACAAAUAACAUGGUCCAAUCAAUAUGAAAGUUUAAAAAAAAAAAAAAAAACUAUUUUAACAGAUAUAUUAUUAUCUUCUACAUUUGUAACAUUUUGUGGUGGAUUUACAAAAAAAUACAGAAAUAAAAUUAUGACGAAAUGUGUUGACACAUUAAAGAAAAAAAAUGAAAUUCAAAAUAACAUUUUUAAUAAUAUGUUAAAAAAACUAAAUAAAAAUGAAAAAAACGUUACAGAGAAUAAUUCUAAUAAAUAUGGAUAUAGGGAUAAUAGUGAUAGUAAUAUUAAUAAUGUAAAUAACAUAAAUAAUGUGUUGAAUAACAACGCAGAUAAUGAGUUAUGUAAUAGUGAUUUAAAGAAAGAAGAUAUUAUACAUGAUAUAUUUUUAGUAAAUAACUUUAAUUUAGAUUUAUUGAUAAAUGAAGAAAUUUUAGCUAAAUUAAGCAAACAAGGUUUAACAUUAAAUUCUGUUUGUAUUGAAAACAAUAUAAUAUUAGAAAAUAGUGAUAAAUUCCCCAUUAUUAUUGAUCCUCAAAUGGAAAGUUUAAAAUGGUUAAUUAAUAGUCAAAAAGAAAAAAAUGAGAGAUUAAUUAUCACUGAUAUUAAUGAUAAAAUUCUAUUUAAAAAAAUAGAAGAAUGUAUAUCAUUUGGUUAUUCAAUUAUCGUAGAAAAUGCAGAUGAAUACAUUGAUAAUACAUUGUAUAAUGUUAUAUCAAAAAAUAUUAUUAAGAGAAAAAAUAAUUAUUAUAUUAAUAUAAAUGAUAAAGAGUUAAUAUUUCACCCUUCUUUCUAUAUUAUUUUGCAUACACAAUUAUCUAAUCCUCAUUAUCAGCCUGAAAUACAAUCAGCAUGCUCUUUAAUUAAUUUUACAGUUACACCCGAUGAUUUAGAAGAGUACUUAUUGUCAAUUACAUUAGAAAAUGAAUUUAAUCACUUAUCAAAAAAGAAAAAAAAAUUAUCUUUGUUAAAGUAUGAUUAUAUGUGCCAGCUAUCUUUUCUACAAUCGUCAAUAUUACAAAAAUUAACCGAUGCUAAAGGGGACAUAUUAGAAGACGUUUCUUUGAUUGAAAAUUUAGAAAAAACUAAAUUAUUAAGUGAGAAUAUAGCUAAAAAAAGUGAAAUUGUUAAAAAUACAGAAGUUCACAUCAACACUAUUAUUAAUUUAUAUAGACCUUUGUCAAAAAGAGGAGUAAUGUAUUUUUUUGUUUUACAAAAAUUAAAAAAUUUACACUCUUUUUAUUUUUAUUCUUUAGAAAUAUUUUUAAAAAUAUUUAUUAAGUGUUUAAAUGAUUGUUCAGAAAAUAAGCCUUCAAAUAAUCAUGUACACGUAAAAAAUGAAUAUCUUAAAAACAUGGAAAGGGAUUCAACUGAAGAAGACUUAUAUAAUGCAAUAGAAGAGUCCAGUAAAGAUGAAUAUGUAAAAAAUGAUUUAGAUGAAAAGCAUUAUAGUAAAGAAAAAACUAUUGAAGAAGAAAUGUUUGAGGAAAAUAGUGAUAAAGAAAAAUGUGGUGAUGAUAAAGUUGAGAAAAAAGCUGACAUAGAAAAAGUUCAUGAAUAUGUAAAUGAAGAAAAUUAUAAUGAAAGAAAGGCCUAUGAUGAAGAGAAGGUAGAUGGAGAAAAAAUAGAAGAAACAGGAGAAAAUAAUGAUGAACAAAUUAAAGAUCAAACUGAUAAGAAAAUAACUGAUGAACAACAAAUUGAAGAAGAGAAAAUUAAUAAAGAACAAAUUGGUAAUGAAACAAUUGAAGAAAAUCCUAUUGAAAAAGAACAAAUUGAUAAAGAAAAAAUUAAUGAUAAAAAAUUUGAUAAAGAGAAAAUAAAUGAGGAAAAAAUUAAUGAGGAAAAAGUAAAUAAAGAGAAAAGCGAUACAGAAAUAACAGGAAAGGAAAAAGAAGAAUCAGAAAAGAGAGAUGAGACCAAAAUAGACUCAGAAAAAGUAAAUGAAGAGAAAUUAUGUACAGAAAAAGGAAACGAAGAAAAAUUAGAUUCUGUAAAAGAAGAUGAAGAAAAAAAUGAAGAUUUAGAAAGUGAUGAUUUUGAAAAUGAUGAUUUUAAAAAUGAAGAAAUAAAAAUAGAUAAAAAUGAAGUUGAAAAAAGAGUAAAUGUUUUAAUAGAUUUAUUAAAUGUAAAGAUGUGGAUGUAUAUUGAUAAGGGAUUAUUAGAAAGAGAUAAAUUAAUUGUGAAAUGCUUAAUUAUGUUGAAUUCAGAAAAAUUAAAUGAUAAAAUAACCCAAGAAGAAGAAGAAAUAUUUAUAAAUCCUAAAUAUAAAUUAAAUAACAAAAAUAAAAUAGAUAUUAAAAAAGAGAAUGAAAAUAUAGAAAAAAACUUAAUGAAUAAAUCUUUUAUAAGUGAAGAUUUAUAUGAAGAUUGCAAAAAUUUAGAAAAUUUAAAAGAUUUUGAAAAUUUAACAGAAAGUUUUGAAAGUGAAAGUAUGUCAUGGAAACAAUGGUUCUUAAGUGAAAAAGUUGAAAAUGAAGAGUUGCCCAGAAAAUAUAACAACUUAAAAGAUUUCUCCAAGUUGUUGUUAAUUAGAGUAUUACGUAAAGAUAGAUUUCUAGUGUCUUUAAAAAAUUAUAUUAAAAAACACAUCAAAAUGACUAAUGAUGAGAAAAAUACUUAUGCUCUGGAAAAUAUAUUAGAGGAAUAUAUUGAUAAUAAAACACCUGUUUUGUUUUUGUUAACUUCAAGUAACGAUCCUUCUAAAGAAAUUGAAGAUUAUAUUGAAAAAUUAAAAAAUAAACAGAAAACCAAUUCAAAUAACAAGGAUAAUGAACAAAAUAGUAAUACCAUUUCCUAUGUUAAUAUAUCGAUGGGUCAAGGUCAAGAAAAUAUUGCAUUAAAAUAUUUAAAAGAAAUAUCAAAAUGCGGAGGAUAUAUAUUUUUACAGAAUAUUCAUUUAAUGACCAAAUGGUUAAAGGAAUUUGAAGAAAUUCUUGACAAAAUAUUUUUAGAUGCUCAUAAAAAUUUUCGAUUAUUUUUAUCUUCAGCAAUUCCUACUGAGAAAGAAACGCAAUUAUUGCCUGAAAAAUUAUUAAAAAAAUGUUUUAGAAUAAAUAAUGAAAAAUCCUAUAGUUUAAAAGAUAACAUUAAAUGUUGCCUAGAUAAAUUUGAAAAUGGAAAAUAUGAUGAUAAAUUAAAAACUGUAAUAUUAGGUUUAUCAUAUUAUCAUAGCUUGCUAUUGGGGAGAUUUUUAUAUGGGAAAAUUGGUUUUAGUCAAUUUUACUCUUUUAAUGAUAAUGAUUUGGAAAUUUCAUUUAAUAUAAUAAAAAGAUACUUAAGUAGUUACGAUAGUUUUCCUUUAGACGAUGUAUUAUUUUUAAUAGGGGAAAUUAUAUAUGGUGGGCAUAUAACAGAUAUAUGGGAUAGAAGAAUAAAUAAGACUUACAUAAAAAAUAUAUUAAAAGAGAUAUAUAGAAAUAUAAUUACAAUUAAUAAAAAAGAAAGAAAUAGUAUUAGUAAUGAAACUUAUAACAAUAAUGAUAACGAAAAAAUUUCGAAUAAUGAACAAGAAGAGAAACAUAUUUUAAAAAGUACGAAAAAUAAUAUUUUAUUUGAUGUAUUUAAAUUUCCUGAUUGCAGCAAAUAUAACAUUUCUCAGUUAAAAAAGUAUAUUGAUGAAAAGUUAAACAAAGAACAGACGUACUUAUUAGGCCUUCAUAUAAAUGCAGAAAUUGAAUAUAUGAAAAAUGAGUGUUCACGAAUUUUGCAAAAUUUACAAGAAUUAACUAAUAAAGAAAUUUCAUCACCUGAAAAUUAUAAGAAUAAAAAAAAAGUAAAAAAUGAAGAAAAUGAAACAGAAGAUGAUGAGGAAGAAAAAUAUUCCAAAAGUAAUAAAAGCACAAAAAUUUUAUAUGAUAUAAUAAAUCAUUUACUAAAUGAAUUACCAGAAAAAAUAGAUAUAACUGAUUUAAAAGUAGAGGAAGUUCAAACUAAUACAUUUGUGGUAAUAGCAAUAAAAGAAGCAGAAAAAUUUAAUAAAUUGAUUGAGUGCAUUAGUGAUACAUUAAUAGAAAUAAAAUUAGUUUUAGAUGGAAUUUUAAAUAUGAAUGAUAAAAUACAGAACACUAUAAAAUCCUUACUAUUACAUAAUAUACCAGAUAUAUGGAAAAAUUAUUCUUAUCCUUCCAAAAAAAAAUUAAUGCCAUGGUUUGAAAACUUUAAAUUGAGAAUACAAUUUAUAAAAGAGUGGAUUUCUAAAAUAAGAAAUAAGAUUUUUUUACCUAACUCAGUGUGGCUAUCCGCACUAUUUAAUCCUAUAUCUUUUCUCACGGCAAUCAAGCAAAAAUUUGCUCAUGAGAACAAAGUUCCUAUUGAUAAGCUAAAAUUAAAAUGGCAAGUUACAAAUAUAACGAAAGUAGAGGAUUUAAAUAAUAAAAAUAAUUCUUUAUAUAUACAUGGUCUAUUUUUACAAGGUGCAUCUUGGUUAAUAAAUUCGAAAAAUGAUACUUUUGUAUUUGAUAAAAACAAUUUAAAAGAAAAUGUAUCUUACGGAAAUAUAAUAGAAUCAGUACCAAAAAAUAUUUACUUUCCUAUGCCUUUAGUCUAUGUUUAUUGUAUAAGUAAUGAACAAGAUGAGUUAUUAAAUUCAAAAAUUGACGAUACGGAAGAUAAAUGGAUCUUAGCUGGUGUUGCUCUUUUCUUAUCUGAUGAUUAA